CCAGCUUCUUCCUCCACCUCAAAAAACUUAGUCGUUACCUUCAUUAUCUACGAAAUUUAGUCGUUUUUUCCUUUUGUGCAGAUGAUUGUUUGAUGAGUGCUUGAAUGCAGUCAGCCGCCGGUGGAUUCUCAAAGAAAAUGGAGAUCAGGCUUUUGAGCUGUGAUCUCGGAUAGUUUUGUUUUUGCAUGUUUGUACGAGGAAUUCCCAGACGACCCAGUCCCACCAUCGAACAUUUACUUCUGACGACCGAGGAAGCCGAUAACGUUUGGCUGGCGGUGCCUUUGCUGUAGUUGGAUUUGGGCCCGUAAGAGAGCAAAAGAAUCUCUUGAGGAAAUCGAAGAACUGCUAUUGGGUCUACGAAGAAAACGAACGCGGCAUACUUACUUCUUGGCACAAGAUAAGCCUAAGCGUGGUGGAUCGAAGAUGCAGGUUUUGAAAGCAGACGGUUCCCAACAAGCCUUCGAUAAGGCAAAAGUUGUGCGUCGGCUUGAAAAACUCACUUUUUCGCUGAACACGAGCUAUGUCUCUGUCUCUGAGGUCGUCGAGAAGGUGGAGCAGGGCCUAUACGACAAUGUAUUGAAUAAAUUCCAAUUUCUCUAUUUCAACAAGUACGUGCUUGUGCUAGUAGUUGGCAGAAUAAAACAUAAACAAGUAGAAGUACUACAUUGUAGUUGUAGAAGAAUAGAUACUGCAAAUUUUGGCUCAAGGUUUGGUAGAUGAAUGCAAUAGACCAGACUGAGCCGGCCUCAGCUUGGGCCUAUCUUAGACCCUCCCAGUAUCAUGCCUCGCGUGAUGUCGCCGAAGUAACACCUGCCAAGCCUGCACGAGGGAAGAGAAUGGGCGCCAUGCCGUUCGUGUUACGUCUGUCCUGUGUUGUGCUUGUUCUGUCUACUUGGUCGCUCUGCGUUUUUGUGCUUACUCAAGUAGUUAGCUUAGGUAAGUAGGACGCUGACGCGGCGGAGAUCAGAAGGCUCCGGAUUUUACUCCGGAUAAGGGUCGCAAUGGAUCACAGUAGAACUAGAAAAAACCACGCUUGUUCAAAAAUAACGUUAGGUGAAAACAGAGGACUUGGACAACCUGAUUGCGGAAACAUGCGCCUACAUGAGUCAAAACCACCCGGAUUAUUCCUUUUUGGCAGCCCGAAUCGCGAUCUCGAGUCUACACAAGAAAACUUCGGAAAAGUACAACGAAGUUUAUUGAGUAGCCUGAUAGUACUGAAAAACGAGGAUUUGUUAAGUAAAAAUAAAGUUAGUAGAUUUAUCUAUCACAUGUUGUACAUGUACUUGUAGUAAAAGUAACUAAUGCUAAUAUGUCGACGGAAUGUCUGCAUGUUAUUCACGACCAUCUUCAAGCUUGUGGCAUAACUAGAAGUGGAUCACAUCAGUUGUAGAACUAGAAGUGGAUCAUAUCUUCCUGAAAGGUACUAGGUAAGCGUAAGAGCGCUUCAGGUACACCGAUGUCGUGGACGCUUUGUACAACUGGCGAGACCCAACAGGAAAAGACUGCGCACUCUUGUCAGAUGAGUUUUACAAUGCCGUGAUGGAGCAUGCUGAUGCCAUUCAAGCUGCUUUCGACUACAAACAGUUACGGAUUAUUUUCGUUUCAUAAUAUGAAUUUGGUGAAGAAAUGUACCGAUGUUGUACAAGAAAAGGCGACACUAAAUGAUGAUAGAUACAACUGAGUAAAUAUGACUACUUUUAGUACAGCGACGAUCAUUUUAUUUUUUGAGAAAUACGACGGACUGGUAGUGCGGACACGGCCAACGAACUAAUUAUACACAGGAUUUGACAUUGCAUGUAUGAUGCUCGGGCCUUGUCGCUUUCGAACGAAUAGGAAGCCUGCAUAUUCUAAUUCUUGACUACUUUUACGACUUUUUCGGUUUCAAGACGUUGGAGAAAGCCUAUUUGCUUCGGGUGGAGGGGAAAAUCGUAGAGCGGCCACAGCAUAUGCUCAUGCGAUGCGCCAUCGGAAUCCAUUUCGGGGAUAUUGACAGGGCACUAGAGACCUACAAACUGCUCUCACAGCGAUACUUCACGCAUGCAACACCAACGCUCUACAACGCAGGUAAUAUGAAGUACAAUUACGAUUUCGCUUUGUUCAGAACAAAUUGAAGUUCUAGUUCUUGAAGUUGAAGCUGUUGACAGCGUUUGUCCUUUCGCAGUCUGCUGACUGUCAGAUGUUGAUGCUGACAACUAAGUACUACGGCGACUGAUUUAUUUAAACUAUCAGGCACGAAGCUGAACCAGAUGAGCAGUUGCUUUCUUCUAUCUAUGGUUUCCGACAGUAUUGAGGGAAUAUUCGAGACACUCAAGCGGACCGCGCUUAUAUCCAAGUCUGCUGGUGGAAUCGGGGUCGCGAUCUCCAACAUCCGCUCUUCUGGCUCCUACAUUCGAGGAACCAAUGGGUACAGCAACGGGCUCGUCCCAAUGCUGCGUGUCUUCAACGACGCGGCGCGAUACGUUGAUCAGGGUACUACGAGAGUUUUAGUACUAUAGUUUUAGUUAGAUGAAGAUCUACAUGUGCAUCAGCUACGUACUAGACAGGACGGACCUCAGGAAGGGCGCCAAGGAAGCUACGCCGAACGAGGCUAGUAAACUGGGCUGAGGAGACUGGCGGAGAAGGCGCCAACUUGGGCCGGCUACUAUAUGCGAACGGCAUAGCGCUACUCGCAGAGGACGGCGAGAGCCUACGAGGGGCAACGCAAAGACUAGCAGACACAAUGCCGGAACACGGCCCGGCAGUAAACCUAGCGAAGGCGAAGCGUGUAGAGUUCAACAGCCAAGAGGAAACGGGGCCAGAAGCAGGAGGGCCCCCACUAGAGCGGGGCCUGGUAGAGCGGGCGCGGGGAUUCACCCACCUCGGCAGCAUACUAGCACAGGACGGCGACGACGGAGCAGACGGAUUGAGUAGGAUAGAACGCGCCCAGGGCCAGAAGAUAGAAGAGCAGGGAGCCCUCGAGAGUCUUCGCGCGCACAGGAAUCCGCAGGAAGCUGCAGACCACGCGCAAGCCUCGGGCGUUUGUGCUGCCGGUAGUGCUUUGGGGGUCGGAUACUUGGACGCUCACAGUGAAAACCAGCGCCGCGCUCGAUACGUGACGGAGUAAGGAGCGAUGGCCUUGCAUAGGAGCCAUGAAAGCAGACCACAUCAGGACGGAAGACCUACCGGAGAGAACAAAACAAGAACCGCCCAGCGCCAUGAUCGACAGAAGGCGCCUCAAAUAUGUGGGACAUCUAGCACGGUAUCCCCUGCUGGAGAGAUGGGCGGGGAUAGCCCUAGCAGCAGGAGGAAAGCACAGCAACAACAGGAGGAGAGGAGCGCCGCGCGCAACGUUUGGCUUUCCAGGGGGCAGCUGACUGCUGACCUCAGCCUCAGAGCAAGAGGCGCGCAGCCCCUAGGGCAUGCGCUCGAUGUAGCAAGCGAGAAGCCUGCCCAUAAUUCUAGAUCAGGACCAACAGGAACAGGCGUAAGGCGACCACUGACAACCCAGCAAGAACAGGCUAGCCUAGACUCUGGAGGGCAGAACCAGAAGUCGCCGGGGAAAUCCUAGGCAGAUUGCCGAGGAGAUUCACGCCAUCGGAAGAAGGUCGCGAUCUACGUGCUCGCCUCGAUCAGCGUUGGCUGGUUGUUCCUGAAGAUCUUCCAUUUGUUCGCUGAACCUGAAACUAGUCUAGUAUGAUAAUGAUUUUGGCGGUGACAACACAUCAGUAAGUAGCAACUUCGAUUUUCUACUUCGUAGGUGGCGGCCGACGAAAGGGAAGUUUCGCCAUGUACUUGGAGCCUUGGCAUGCAGAUGUAUUUGAUUUUCUUGAGCUACGAAAAAAUCACGGCAAGGAGGAGAUGCGAGCGCGCGAUCUAUUCUACGCUCUGUGGAUUCCAGAUUUGUUCAUGAAGCGUGUGAUGGAAGGUGGCGACUGGACACUGUUUUGUCCAGAUGAAACAUUAAGGCCUCACCAAAUUCGUCUUAAGAAGCAUCUUUCUUUGAAACGGUUGCAAGGAGAAACAAAAUAAGAGCACAAAGAAAGAUGCGUUUCAAGAUGAUUAAAGGAAACGUCUAAAAACAGUAAGUGUAAGUGAAGACGGCAAAACCACAAAGACUCUGCAGGACACGUACGGACCAGAGUUCGAGGAGCUUUAUGUCAGGUAUAAGUCGAACGUCAAACUCAAACACUUGGUUGAUAUGUAGGUAGCAUGCAAGUUGUGCGAGUGGUACAUCAUCGACGUUGACUUUAUCAAGAUGAAGUCAGGCACCUUUCUUGUAGGUUGUUCCUUAGUCUAUUUUAUCUCGACGACCUCACUCAGCCAUUAUCAAUCUCUUCCGCGACCACAGUUUAGAGAAAGCCGGGAAGGGCAAAAAGACGGUGAAAGCGCAGCAGCUCUGGUUCAAGAUUCUGGAGUCACAGAUGGAAACUGGAACACCUUAUAUGUGCUACAAAGACGCGUGCAACUUGAAGAGCAACCAGAAGAAUAUCGGCACUAUCCGAUGCAGUAACCUGUGUACGGAAAUCAUGGAAUUUACUUCACCUGAUGAAGUCGCAGUCUGCAACCUGGCGUCAAUUGCGCUACCCCGAUUCAUCGAAGACGGAAAAUUCAACUUCCAGCUCCUGUACCACGUUCUUGUUCUUAAAAAUACUUUUUGCUUAAAUAGUAAGUACUAGAAACACAAACAUGAUGUUGAAGCGUUUUCUUUACGAGUCACGUUCGCGACGAGUCCAGCAACUACUUGCUAGCUUGCAACGCUUUUUUGUUUUACCCAGCUGCCGACGAAAACUUAAUCUUACGCUUACCUUACCCUAGUUCUCUUUUCGUCGAUGCUUCCUAUCCCUAAUACUGAAAAAACCUUGCACAUCAGGCACGACACCACGAUGGUGAUUACGCGUAAUUUGAAUCGUGUGAUCGAUCGUAACUAUUACCCUGUUGAGCAAGCGCGAGCAAGCAACAUGAAGCACCGACCAAUAGGUCUCGGUGUUCAGGGUCUAGCUGAUUAAGGGUUGGAGGUUGACGUCUCCAUGAGCACCUCUAUGGUUUCUUCAAGUAGGAAAGCCAUAGAUAUGCGAGCUAGAGCGGUCAACUUUCAACCUCUAAGCUGGCGCUUUUAUGAAACUGAAGUUGCCAUUCGAAAGCCCUGAAGCCGGUCUACUGAACAAGCAAAUUUUCGAAACAAUUUACUUCGCUGCAUGCAGACAGUCGAUGCUCCUAGCAACCGAAGAAGGACACUACGAAACCUUUCCAGGUACAUAUUAUAAUGACAAGAGUUGUAUAAACUACAACUAGUACUUCUACAACUUCCAGAGGCAGAGAAGUACACACUACUACAUUCUGUACACUACUACAUUCUUCCAGAGGUAGAGUACACACUACAACUUGUAGAUGAGGUAUGACAACAACUACAACUUCAUCUAGAGGUAGAGGUAUAGUUUCUUCUCCCUGAGUACUUACAAUUGGAACUUGUCGUCUUCUUGAUGUGGAGUUGGGGGACAAGAUGACUGCGUUUGACUUUGUUCUCCCAGAGAUAAACUACUCACUGCCGUGACCAUCAUCUCGUAACUAAUCCAAGUAGCAUGAUCAAGCACUUGCCUAUAGUUCGAGUUUCGGCUCUAUAUCUAAGAACAACUCUUCGAUGAAAGCUUUACCUAACUGAAAAACUAUGAAUAUCCGAGGUUCACCAGCAUCAGAGGGAAAGCUUCAGCCCGAUUUGUGGAAUGUGAAGCCAGACAACGGCUUGGAGUGGGAUUGGGACAAGCUGCGGGCAGACGUGGUCAAACACGGUCUUCGAAACUCAUUACUUCUAGCCCCAAUGCCAACCGCGUCAACAGCACAAAUUUUGGUUAUGUAGCAGAAACUUUGGUAAACGGAUCCUAACUUAGAUGGCCUUGGCCAAUAUCCUUUCUAGUAUAAAUUUGUCACCUUCAUGAAUGUCUUCCUUUUAUCCAAAUUUCUUACUUUCUUUUUGUGUUAGGGCUCUACAACAGUUGUGGCUUCUGUUUUUCGACUGCUCGUUGAGAUCGUAGUAUUUCUUCAAUUUAUAAUUUUUUGUCGUGUUUCCUGUGUCCCUCAGUCUCUAAUACACGCAACAACGAGAGCAUCGAGCCUUACACGCAGAACAUCUACGUGCGACGCGUGCUUAGUGGCGAGUUUGUGCAGGUGAAUAGACACCUCUUGAACGAUCUGAUCGACCGAAAGCUCUGGGACGAAAAUAUGAAGAUGCAGUUGAUUGCGCACAACGGUUCACUGCAGAACAUACCAAAUGUCCCGAAGGAUAUCAAGGAACUGUACUAUUUUUUUUAGUACUUUCUCCCAGUCCCAUCCUAUUCCUAUAGAACACGCUGAGUAGAGUAAGGUGAUUCUCUUUUUGAAUUUAGUCAACAAUUCCAGGUCCAGCACUGCGAUCAUGAACGGCGCCUAUUUCCAAAAGAAAUUUAGAAUCUCAAUACAAAUGCAUAGAUCUACUAGAUUUUUGUACAUCAACGAGGACGUGUAUGACGUAACCAACGGUCACACACCCGGAACACGCACUAGUACUAAUUAUACACCUACACCUGCUGCGUAGGUACAAGACAGUGUGGGAGAUUAAGCAGAAGCGAGUUAUCGAGAUGGCGGCAGAGCGAGGAGCAUACAUUGAUCAAUCCCAGUCACUGAACAUACACAUGACCGACUGCACGCAGCAAAAACUCAGCAGCAUGCAUUUCUAUGGCUGGAAACUGGGUAAGAAAGUUCUUUUUUCGUCUAUCUAAUCACUCAUUUGUUGCUGACCCUAUGUAAAGUAUGCAGAUGAUGUUCAGCAUCGAUACGUCCUCUGCUUGUAUUAGAUGCAGAUUCAUGUAGAUCAUGUUGUUCAUCAUCUUCGAAGAAAAAAUGAUCAUCAUGAUCUUCAAGGAUGAACAAAAAUCGUUCUUUAUCCUCCCUGCCCAGGCCUGAAGACGGGUCAGUACUAUUUGCGAACGAAAGCUGCAGUCGAGGCGAUCAAGUUUACAGUGGAACCGAAAGAUCUGAAGAAGCAAACUGAAGCGCUCGCAAAAGAACAAGAACAGAAGAGCAAAUAUGAGUGCGUUGCAUGCGGUUCGUAAGCGUGAUGCUAUUGCACAAGGAAGAACGAAGAUUUCGCCGCAGAAGUAGAUACGACUAUUGAACUAGAGUUUUAUUUCAACUACAUGAGUUUGAGUUAUUUGAUCAUGAACAAGAUAGUCAUAGUUGCGAAUGUGAACAAGAAUUACGAGGAAAAAAUCAGCAAAAGAAAGGGGCACGUGCCAGCCACGGGAGUCAAGUCUCAGCUUGUUGGCAUUUUCAGUGGCAUGUUGACCCGCUUUUCCGCGUGGAUGAACAUGAACGAUUUGAUUAUGUGUGCGAACUCCAAUAAUUUCAAGUUUUUUUAUAUUGAUUGAAUGAUAUUUAUUAUAAAUAAUCACUAGUACCACCUUCUAUGUAAAUCUUGUCUGACAUGUAUUAGUAAUUGAUGUGGACUAUAAAUAGUCUUCUAGUACAACGAGGAGGAUACUGGGGCAUGAAACUAGACCACAAGGAAGGAUAACAAACUAAAAGAAGCACAGCUAGGGUACACAAAACAACACCAAGAACAUUGAGACAAUAUUUUUAGAUAGCGCAGAGCCAGAGCUAUGAUCGAUAUUUCGCAGAUCAUGAUCAGGAGGACGCCGACGCUCCUGUGCUGCUUUUAGACAGCAGUGGCCUUGCCAGCUGUCACUUGUAUGUUGGGCACAUUGUUUGCUGAUACUCCAUAGUAUGCAGCUUGAAGACUGAGCGUAAGAACGAAGCUCGACGAGAAUAUUCAUAUCGAUAGAAACUCGUCGACGACUUCGAACCAAAACGAUGCGAUUAGUAUGUUGGUUUCAUCAUAAUUUUGUGAUAUAGUAGAGUUACUGGUGCAUGAAAAAGAGAAACAAGUACUUAUGAACUACAGUCUUUGAUGCGAGAACUUGUUGUUUUCAAAUUCAAUAUAAUCUUCUUCAUGCAUGUAUGAUUAUGAAGAUGAAGAUGGUGAUCUUGUUUUUGUGUGAAGUUGAAAGAUCAUCAUCGAUUGCCGUGGACGAGCAUAAGAUGCCCUCUUUCCCGCAUAGCAAUUAAUUGUUUCGACCAGUUUUUGAACAUUUAUCCAUUUUUGAUUCCCACUAUCGCUAGUGUCGCAACUCCCAAUAUCUCUGUACCCCUAGUAAACUUUCCUUGCAUGAAGAUUGAUCAACAAUUAGGUGUGAAAUUUAAUUCGUUUUGUUUUUUCUGGAUCCCAUCUCCAACACAGGUUUUCAGGUAAAGCAUAAGCAGAAGCUGAAACUCUGAUGCUCUUCUUGUUGAAGCAGACCACGACUUCAUGAAUAAAUGGAUUAGAAGUGCUCCUAUCUGUAUUUUCUGAAUUCGAACCAACUACCUCCUGUUGUACAUGGUGGUCGUUGGCAGUUAUGACCAUACCGACCAUGUAUGAAAUUAUUCACAACAAUAUGCCGCAUUGACAUUGUCACUGAUGUGGAUUUGUAUCCCUAUCGUCCUGCCUGACGAUAUUAAUUCGAAUCGUAUUUCGAUUUCCUUAGGUGCAACAAGCGCGACUAGGUGAACAAAGAUGAACACUCAUCUAUCUUGUGAUUCAUAGAUCGAUCAAUAGCAGGAACAAGCUCGCGUUUGAAACUACCCAUACCGAACGCUACAACCCACUGGUAAUGCUAUCCUGAUUCCUGAGCCUUGGCCUGGGGAUGAACGAUCUUAAUUAAUUUCACUUGUGCAGAAAAUCAAAAUCUGGACGGACAACCCGAAGGAACACGAAAAGGAGUCACCACGACCAACGAAUCAACAUCUACAAAUGGUACUACAAGAACCACCAGCAUUAUGUUCGCGUCGGGUCUGAUGCUGGGAUCACGACUUUGCUCCAAUGGUCGUGUGGAUGUCGUACUGCAGUACGAAUAGACCCCCUAUGCCUCAUACGGACUGAGUAGUUGUCACUUCGUGGGUCGUGGUGCUGUCUCGUUUCUUGCAGGCUUCUUUCACAGUCAUUCGUACUUGAGACAACAUCCCCGGAGAGUGCUAGAAGAGAGAGUACUUCUAUACUAUAGGCUACCAGAAGAAGAGAU